GCUUGUUGGUAACACCUCUUUCUACAAUGCUGGUCUGAUAAGUAUUUACCGUAACAACAGCUGGGGUUAUGUCUGUGAUGACAACUGGGAUAUGAAGGAUGCUAAUGUAGCCUGCAAACAACUUGGAUUUUCCAGGGGUGCUGAAGUAGCUACAGGAAAUUCAAGAUAUGGUUGGCAGAAUCAGAAGACUUUCUCAUGGAUAAUACCGACUGUAAAGGAGAUGAAAGUGCUUUGCAAUAUUGUUCAUAUGAUACUGAGCAUGACUGUAAAAAGGAUGAAGCUGCUGGAGUUAUAUGUAAACCGAACCCUGGCUGCAAACCUGGUUGGAUUUCUGGUCCAAGUGGUUGCUAUCGUUUGUUUAUCGGCAAUGCUCGAAGACUCAAUGCCAAAGAAAUGUGUUACACUAAAGAUAGUCAUUUAGUAAUUAUUGACAGUUUGGAAGAAAAUGCGUUUCUUUCAGUUUUACUUCAGACCAAUAAUGAUAAUCAUGUCUGGUUGACAGAUGGUUUCAGGUAUGGAAGUAAUUGGGCAUGGAGAUAUGAGAGAGAAGCUAUAUCUACUUUCUAUUGGUUUCCUGGAUGGAUGCCUGAUAAGAAGUCUGCAGAGCCAAGCAAAAGAGGGAGAUGUAUUAGUUUAUCCAAUAUGUUUCAGCAUGAUGGAGAACUGUACAUGACUAGUUACUUCUUCUGGAAGACAUCUAACUGUAACUCAGUCACAGGUUUUAUCUGUGAACGGAAAAAAACACCUGAUUUCACAGAAGAUUGUUACAGUGGAAAUGGUGUGUCCUACAGAGGGUCUGUAUCAGAAACAGUCAGAGGAACACCCUGCCUUAAAUGGACAGAGAAUUUUAAAUAUAACACAAUAAACUCUCCCAAUGCAGGUCUUGGAAACCACAAUCAUUGUCGAAAUCCUGAUAAAGAUAAGCGUCCAUGGUGUUGGGUAGCACCAGCUUUCAAAAAUCAGUUUGGAUACUGUAAAAUUGAUCAAUGUAAAAAUGUUACAGAAAGCACAACAGUGGAAUCAACUGUGACUACAUACCCAACAACAGUGGCACCGACUACUACUACAACUAAACCUAAACCAACAUGUUCUCCUGUCCAGAUGCGAUGUAAAGGAACAAAUGUGUGCAUUCCACUCACUUGGAGAUGUGAUGGAGAAAGAGACUGCAGAAAAGGUGAUGAUGAAGAGAACUGUCGUAAUAACACUUGUAACAAUGACAAAAUGCUUUGUUCAGCAUCACGAACAUGCAUCCCAAUUUCUUGGAAAUGUGAUGGAGAAGCUGACUGCCCUGAUUCAGAAGAUGAAAAAAAUUGUGAGCCAGAAGUAAGUUGUGCUCCUAAUUCAAUGAUGUGUCCAAGCAGAAAGAUUUGCAUACCUCUUCAAUGGAAGUGUGAUGGAGAUCGUGAUUGUCCUGAGGGAGAAGAUGAGAGUGACUGUGGAACGACCACUAAUUCAUCUUUUACUUGUCCUCCUGGCAAAAUGAAAUGCUUACAUGGCUGCCUUCCUGAAAGCUGGCGGUGUGAUGGAUCACCAGAUUGCCCUGAUAGUUCAGAUGAAAUAAAUUGUACUGCAGUUACAACUACAAAAGCCACAGUUACAACUACACAAGCUCCACUUACAACAACUCAUUCCUUGAAUUGUCCACUUGACAAAAUGUAUUGUUCAGCAUCAAAGAUCUGCAUUUCACUGAAUUGGAAAUGUGAUGGAGAAAAUGACUGUUCUGAUGGUGAAGAUGAGAAAGAUUGUGAUUACACACUUGACAAUUUUGAGAAACAAGAUACAAACUUCAUCAUCGAUUCAUUUCCAAAGGAAGUGUAUGUUCGCAUACCACUGGAGACUUGUGCCAGAACUUGUUUAUAUCAUCGAGAGUUUGUCUGUAAAGCAUUCCAUUAUCGUGAGAAUGGCAAGCAAUGCAAGUUGUUUGAUACAACAAAGAGUUUUAGCAUUAGACCACUUUCCAGUGGAUCUUAUUAUGUACUUUCACAAAACUGCACUUCCACAGACUUCCAAUGUGACAAUGGAAGAUGUAUUCCAGGGGAAGAAAAAUGUAAUGGAAGGGAUGACUGCAAUGAUUUUUCUGAUGAACAAGACUGUGGGGUUCCUGAAACGCUUGAGAUUCGACUUGCAGAUGGAGAAGAACAUUCUGGAAGAGUAGAGAUAAAAUAUCUUAAUGAAUGGGGUGUUGUGUGUGAUGACAAGUGGGACAUAAAGGAUGCUAACGUUGUUUGUCGUAUGCUUGGAUACACAGCUGCAGUCAAAGCUAUUCCUUUUUCCAAUUUUGGACCUGGAAAUGCAAACUUCUUACUAACCAAUGUUGAAUGUAUAGGAAAUGAAACAAGCUUGUUAGACUGUCCCAAAAGUCCAUGGCGUCAGCACAACUGCAAAAGACAUGAGACUGCUAGCGUCAUUUGUAAAUUAGACAAAGGCUGCCCCCCAAAUCAGUUUGAAUGUGCUAAUUCAAAGUGUCUAGAAAUAGACCGUAUAUGUGACACAGUUGAUAAUUGUGGUGAUAACAGUGAUGAAAAAUAUUGCACUGCUUCAGUGAAAUUAGUCAACGGUACUAACCCUAGUAAUGGAAGGAUUCAAAUAACCAUCAAUAACAUUACUGGUACUAUAUGUGAUGACAAUUUUGACAACAUAGAUGCCAUUGUCGUUUGCAGGCAGCUGGGAUAUAAAUCAGGUAUUGCUUUGCCAGGAGGUACCUAUGGAAAAGGUAAUGGUAUUAUUUGGUAUGAUGAGGUCAAUUGCUUUGGCGAUGAAGAUAGCAUUGAAUUUUGUGAGGGAAAUCCUAAGGGUGAACAUGACUGUGACCACACAGAAGAUGUUGGUAUACAAUGUUACCGAGAUACUAUAACAACAACUACUUUGCCUACAACAACCAAUGUAGCAUCAACAACCACUGUGGCGCCAGUCUGUGGCAAAAUACCUCGCCUUGUAAGAACCAAACGUGCUGACAGAGUAAUUGACAAAACAUCCUACUCUAAAAUAGUUAAUGGUCAGGAUGCCGUAUAUGGCAGGUAUCCAUGGCAGGUGACAGUUCAACGUAUUACUGGCCAAUAUUCUGAUUCAUACUUCACUACAUCACAUUUUUGCGGGGGAACAAUCGUGCAUAAAGAUUGGAUCAUAUCAGCUGCCCAUUGUUUUGUGGGCAAAAAGAAAGAAAGCCUAAUCGCCAAAGUAGGAGAUCAUAGCAAUAAGGUCUGGGAUAAAUAUGAACAAACUUUCAAAGUUGCUGAACUAGUAACUCAUCCUAAAUAUGAUGAUAACUCAUAUGAUUAUGAUAUCGCUCUAAUUAAAUUAGAGCCAAAUAGGAAUGGAAAUGGAAUUGUUUUCAAUGAUUAUGUACAACCAGCCUGUUUGCCAGACAAGAACACAACAUAUUUUGAAGGUGAAAGAUGUCAUAUUUCUGGAUGGGGAAACACAGGAAAAGCAUAUCCAUCAAUUCUCAAGGCAGCUACUGUUCCAUUAAUUAAAGCAUCUCUAUGUAAAUCACUGUACAAGAACAGUAUUACUCCACGUAUGAUAUGUGCAGGCUACAUCGAAGGUGGUCCUGACAGCUGCCAAGGAGAUAGCGGUGGUCCUCUGGUCUGUAAUAAAGAUGGAGUCUAUACACUUACUGGAGUGACCUCUUGGGGAAAUGGUUGUGGCCAGCCGAGAAAUCCUGGAGUUUAUUCCAAAGUCCAAGAACUCCAACCUUGGAUUGAGUUCAUAAUGAAAAAAUAUUCUUGAGAACACAAAUAAAUGCUAACAAUUGUAACUAUUCAGCUACUAACUACACUGCAAUGUCUUGUAAACAAAGUAACCUCCUCAUAAAAUCGAAAAUGAACAAAGAGAAUAAAACAAUAGCUCCAUUGAUUUCACCAAGCCAUAACUGGAAAAUGUUCUUAGAAAUGUCAUGAAAAAUAAUCAAAAGAGAAAACUGAUAUUUUGUAAAAAGAAAAAUUUAAUAAAAUUCAGUCAAAAAUAA